AAACCAGAGCCGCCGCCGCUCUUCUUCUUCGCAUUUUUUCUGUUCCGCCACUUCUUCUUCGCGAGAGAGGACAGAGAGGCCUGCAGCUAUGGGUAAGAGAGCGAAGAGUUCAAGGAAGGGAAAGAAAGAAUGGAGGGCCAACAUAAGCACUGAAGACAUAGAAGAUUAUUUUGAGAAAACCACCAAAGACGCUCUUUCCGGUGGUUCUUUGGCCGAUGUGCCUAGUGAUUCUCUUUUCUUCCUUGAUAAAUCCAGAGAUCUUUCUGUUAAGCGGAAGAUUGAGAAAAACAGAGAAAAAGUACUGCGAUGCGAUAGUGUUCUGCAGAGAAACCCCUUUAUCAAAGCUAUUCCGUCCUCUACACAGAAUAAGAAAAAGUCAAAUAGAAAGGGUAAAGCUCUACCAACAGCAGUUGAUGAAGAUGUUGCACAGGGCAGUCUGAAGGAUGAAAGUGCACAUGAUUCUGGAGUUCUUGACUUGUGGGAAGAGAAAGGAGAAGUUAAGGCCAAAAUAAAAAAGAAGCCCAAGACUUGCAUUAUUCCUGCUGUUGAGGUUGAACAUCCUGGAUGUUCUUUCAAUCCUCAUCCCGAGAGCCAUCAGGAUGCUUUAGCUCGUGCUGUUGCGGAUGAAAUGCAGAAGAUUUACCAACAUGAAUUGGGGCCUCAGCCAAUCCCUUUAGUUGUCCCUGGUGAAGCUAUUGAUGAAGAAUAUAAAUAUUUCCUUGAGGCAGAUGCGGACGAUGGAACUGAUGAUGAUGAGCAAAAUGAAAAUCAGGAUGAUGACGGAGAUGUGGAUGCAGAAAAAAGUUCUCAGAAAACAAAAAGGGUGACACGGGUGGAGUUCAACCGAAGGGCUAGACGGAAAGAACAGUUGAGAAUUGAAGCAGAAGCCAGAAAAGUGAAGGGACUUUCAAAAGACAUAGACAGUUUAUCAGAAAUAAUGCAAGAAAUAGCGAAAGAGGAUGAAGAGAAACAUAACAGACAUCUUCGGCGGAUCGUUGCUAAACAAGAAAGAUUGAAAGCUCGUCCAUCUCGCUUGGGAAAGUACAAAUUUGAGCCUUCUCCACUCCAAGUUCUGUUAACUGAAGAGAAAACCGGUUCACUUCGGCAGUUGAAGGGCUGUUGUACGCUAGUCAGAGAUCGUUACAAGAGCCUGGAGAAAAGAGGCCUGAUUAUCCCAACAAGGAAGGGUAGCAGGAGGUAGAACGGUUUCUACGUGAAGAUGGAGAUACGGAUAUUUAGAAUCGAGAUCGUUGAGAAAGUGAAGCUGUGCUUCAUUGUUUUGUAGUCGAGUUCUUUCUAAUGUUGGAGUACCCGGAAAAAUCACCAGUUGGUUUAGAAGCAAAUAGAAAUACUAUUCUCUCAGUCACAUCAAAUAUUUCUAUUAUUUGUUUUAAUGUUUUCGAGACUGGUAAAUGUAUGCUUUACUUGGUUAUUCGGAUGAUUGAAUGAUAAAAACGAGAUCUUUGGGGUUUA